AUGAGAAAGCUAAUAUCGGGACUAUUCGUUUCGCCUUCCCCUUUCCCACAGAAAUUUUCCCUAGAAGCGCUCAAUAAGCUGUGCGAUACACUAGAACAAAACAAAAUUAUUAACGAUACAAAUGCAGAAAUAGUUGUUGAAACUUUACGAUCGAUAUCCGAGUUGAUGGUUUGGGGAGACAAACACAAUGAAAAAUUCUGGGAUCUUUUUCUUGAGAGAAAUGUGUUUCACUCUUUUUUCAAUGUUCUUUCUCAACCAAAUGCUCCUAAUCAAGUCAAGAAACAACUCAUUCAGUCAAUUAGUAUUAUGAUUCAAAACAUGAACAACACCAACUCGAUGUACUUUCUUCUUUCAAACAAUCACAUCAAUGAGCUGAUCAACCAUCCACUCGACUUUUCCGAUGAGGAAUUACUUGCAUAUUAUAUCAAUUUUUUGAAGACAAUUUCUCUAAAAUUCGACAAAUCUAUGAUUCAAUUCUUUUUCGAUAGUUACAAUUUGAGAUUCCCUCUUUACGAUCAAUGUAUUAAAUUUUGUAAUCACUCUGACAGUAUGAUUAGAAUAGCAGUGAGAACAAUAACUCUGAAUACCUACAGCGUUAAGGAUCCCGCAUUACAUAAAUAUGUAACAAGUGGCCCUUAUUUUUCCAUGUUGGCAGACUCACUAAUUGAUCAAUUGUCAUCUCUAAAUUAUAUUAUAAUUAAGACGAGAGAAAACAAAUCAUCAAUUAGAAUUUUAGAAGAUUACUCUGCUGAUUUAUUAGAUCAUUUAUUUUACUUGAAAGAUAUCAUUAACACUAACAUCGAAAGAAUGGAUGAAAAAAUAACAGAGUCAAUUGUCGAUUUUACUCUUCGAAAAUUAAUUAGAGAUGUGAUGUUGUCAGGUGAAGCAAUUACUGAAAACAGCGAACUUCAAAACGAAAAGAAAUACGGUCUUCUUUUAGAAACGGUUUUAUACUGCAUAUCUCAAGUGUACACAAUAUUCAAUCACAAGAUACUGAUUGAAAGAUUAACUGGAGUGAUAUUUUCCAAUGACAUUGGAUUUGAAUAUUCUUUUUAUGAGACAAUACUUCAGCAAGUAGAUAAGGAAAACAACAAUGAGUCCUUGUUACUUACAGCUCUUUCUACAAUUUAUUCUAUCGCCAGUAAUGAAUGUAAGUAUUUCACAAAAGCAGAAGGUGAGCUGAUUAUCAUAUUAAAAGCAUCUCCUAGUCAUAUUCUUUCAAAUUAUGGAAUUGUUAGACCAAACGAUUUAGAAGAGUUAGCAGAUGACCAAAAACAGAAAUGUUAUGAGUUUUAUUCCACAUUGUGGAGGCUUGUCUCUGAAAGGAUACCCAAUAGAAUUAAUACGCUGCACAUAAUUUAUAGAAUUUUUUCUCAUCUCUGGAGUGACUUAUCUAUCAAUAACAUAGCUAUUGCCAAGCAACACUUUCCAGCAAUGAAGAAAACAAUUGCUUCAAGUAGGGAAAUCCUUCUCAAGCUCAUCUCAGAAUCAGAUAUUUUUGAAUUUAUGGACAAUUUCCAACUCGAAUAUACUCAGUAUCAGAGGCUGAACAGUCUACGACCAGAUGCUAUCAUAUCUGACAUAGCUGUCUUAAUUAACUAUGAGAAGGAUGAGAGCUCAGAUUCUAUUUUUGAUCAAAUUCCCCUGCAGAGAAGCUCAUCAAAUAUCGAAAAUUCAAACAGAUUUUCCAUACAUGAAUUUCUAUUAAUUUACGAGUUUCUUUCCAAGUCUAAGAUUCUUACUCAAUCCAUAUUAGGUCGAGAAGAAACCAUUUCUUUAGGAUCAAUUGUACAACCAAAACCAGAAUAUUUACCAGAGGAUGAGGCUGUAAUGGUAAACAGAGAAACUAUACGGUGCAGCAUAACCUCACCUCAAAGCUUACCUCUACCUCCUGUAACACAAUCAUCUCCCAAAAAAGUUCCGAGGACUCCUAAUGGUGGAGGAACUCCAACAAAGAAAGACAACAGAGAAAUGCGCCAUAUAUUCUUUGACAAUAAUUUUUUAUAUAUUGUCACAGUGGACAUCAACAGAGUUGGUUUUGGAAUUGUUGAAGAAACUAUACCAUUAUUUUCAGUUCAGGUGAAAACAAACGAGCAAAAUAAGUUUUCUUUGAGAUUGGUAGCAGAAAAGAAGCAAGCAUUAGCUUCGCCAUUAAUACUAUUUGAUAAGAAGUUAGUUUUUGAUGAUUUUAAGAUUGCCAAAGAGGUUAAAGCAGUAAUAGAGAAGAAACUCGAGGAAUGCCGACAACUGAAACUGUCAGAAUUCAAGAAAGCGUUGAACCAGUAA